AUGAGACUUCAAAUUGCGAUUGAUAUUGCUGAAGGAAUGCAUCAUCUUCAUUCAAGACCAAAACCUAUCAUUCAUCGAGAUUUGAAAUCUCACAAUGUUUUGCUUGACAAGAAUUUAACAUCAAAAAUUUCGGAUUUUGGAUUUUCUACCAUGAGAAAUCGAAAUUCAGGAGUUUCAGGAAUGAAAGUUUUUGGAAUGGUCAUGUACGAAUUGGUGACACAUUUAAUACCAUUUCAUGAUGUUUCUAAUCCCUUUGCUGUGGCUUCUCAUGUCAUUAGUGGAAUGCGACCCAAGAUUGACAAACAAGACGAGUUGGCCAAGUCCUCUCCCAUUCUCGAAUGUUUCAUCAAACUUGUUUCCAUUUGUUGUUUACAGGAUCCUGACGAACGGCCUACAUUUGCUGACAUUCUCAAUGAAUUGAGAAGUAUACCACUGAAUAAUUCUUUAAAAUUAACAGUCGAUGUGAAUGGAAGUGAAGACUAUGACUCGAUUCAAAAAAGCCAUUAA